AUGGCCAAGAAAGGGCGUACGAAGGGCGAGAAGCCUGAAGCGCUCAUCUCUGCCCUGCAGGCAGCCAAUGAAGAUCUCAGGUCCAAGCUGACUGACAUUCAAAUAGAGCUACACCAAGAAAAAUGCAAGGUGAGCAAGCUGGAGCGCGACAAGGUGCAGGAGGUGAAGAGGGUGCGAGAACAGGAGCAGCACCGUCACACUGCCAUGUUAACGGAGCAGCGGGCCAAGUGGCACGAGGAGAAACAAAAGGAGCUCCAGGCUCUCAGGGAAAACCUGACCCGGCAGCAUGAGCAGGAGCUGGCCCGCCAUGCCAAAAUCAAAGACCAGGAGAACCAGAGGCUCAAAGCAGCACUGAGCGCCAUGCGCGAUGGCAGUGGAGAGAAGGUGCGCACAGCACUCACCCUGGAAGCCAAGGAGGAGGCACGUCGCUUCUUUGACCAGGAGAGAGUGAAGCUUCUGCAGGAGAUAGCGGAGCUGAAGGCUACUAAGAAGCAGACCGACGAGGCUCUCAGCAACAUGAUCCAGGCCGACAAGAUGAAGGCUGGCGACCUGCGGGUGGAGCACCAGCAGCACCAGGAGCAGAUCUCCAAGAUUAAGUGGGACUGUGAGAGGGACAUCCGCAGACUGGUGGAUGAAAUCAAAUCUAAAGACCGCACCAUCUUCGCUCUGGAGAAGGAGCUGGAGUCAACGACGGGAUUCUUACAGAAGCUUCAGCUUCAGAAGGACGCGCUGGAUGAACAACUGUUCCUUGUCAAGGAGGCUGAAUGCGGCCUGGGAAGCCCGAAAAGAGAGAUCCCAGGCAGAGCUGGAGAUGGAGCAGAGCACUGUGGCAGCCCAGACCUGAGGAGAAACCAGAGGCGCAUUGCUGAACUCAACUCAACUAUACGCAAACUGGAGGACCGCAACUCGCUACUGGUCGAUGAGAGGAAUGAACUGCUGAAGCGAGUUCGAGAAUCAGAAAAGCAGUGCAAGCCCCUGCUGGAUAAGAACAAGCUGCUGAAUAAGAGGAAUGAUGAUUUGACCCAGACUAUCCAGAAGCUGGAGGAGAAGCUCAAGAGCCUGGUCAAGGAGAACCUUGAGAUGAAGGAGAAGAUCAGCUCACAUCCUCCACUGAAGAAGCUCAAGUCUCUCAAUGACCUGGACCAAGCCCACGAUGACCAGGAAAUAGCUUUUCUCAAGCUUCAAGUCCUGGAGCAACAAAGCAUGAUUGACGAACUGACGAGAGAUCGUGAAAAACUGCUAAGAAAGAAAAGGCAUAAAAGAAGUUCGAGGCCAAUAAAGAGGCCCAUCGUAGUAGACACCUUCUUCGGGUAUGAUGAAGAGUCUGUGGAUUCGGAGACGUCCUCAGUGGCGUCAUUCCGGAUGGACAGAACUCCUGCGACUCCUGAUGAAGACCUGGAUGAGGGUCUAGCCAGUGAGGAGUCAGAGCUGCGUUUCCGUCAGCUGACCAGGGAGUACCAGGCCUUACAGAGAGCCUAUGCCCUGCUGCAGGAGCAGAAAGGAGGCAUACUGGAUGCUGAGAUGGAAGCCAAGGCUCACGAGCAGCUCCAAGCAGAUGUUCUCAGGUAUAAAGCCAAAAUAGAGGACUUGGAGAAAGAACUGACACUGAAGGGACAGGACUCCAAAUGGGUGGAGGAGAAGCAGCUCUUCUUACGAAGGAACCAGGAGCUAUUAGAGAAGGUGGAAAAGAUGGAGUCAGAGUGCAGUCGCCUGCAGCAGGAGCUACAGGACUCCAAAGACCAGAAUGAACUGUUAGAGUUUAGGAUACUGGAGCUGGAGGAGCGUGAGAGGAGAUCACCUCCAUUCAACCACCUGAGGAUGCAUCCCUUUUCUGAAGGAGUCAGUGCGCUACAGAUCUAUUGUAUGAAGGAAGGGGUGAAGGACGUGUGCAUUCCAGAUCUCAUUAAACUUCUAGAUAUCCUGGGAGACAAUGGGAACUUAAGAAAUGAAGAGCAGGUGGCAAUUAUCCAGGCUAGCACUGUUUUGUCACUUGCAGAAAAGUGGAUUCAGCAGAUUGAGGGGACAGAGGCAGCACUGCACCAGAAGAUGGUUGACCUGGAAAUAGAGAUGGAAAUGUUCUGUAAACAGAAAGGAUAUUUAGAGGAGGAGCUGGACUACAGAAAACAGGCCCUGGACCAGGCCUACAUGCAAAUCCAGGAAUUGGAAGCAACAUUAUACAACGCCCUGCAGCAGGACAAGGUGAUAAAAUACGGUGAGCCUCUGGAUGAGCUUCAGAGGGAUGAGCUGCGGUCGGCGGUUGAGAAGCUGAGGAGGCAGAUGCUGAGGAAGAGUCGAGAGUACGACUGCCAGAUCCUCCAGGAGAGGAUGGAGCUGCUGCACCAGGCGCACCAGAGAAUUCGUGACCUUGAAGACAAGACAGAAAUCCAGAGGAGGCAGAUUAAAGAUUUGGAGGAAAAGGUGGUGUGUCAGCUUGGAGAUCUUGUUUGUGACUACAGUGUUAUUUAUUUUCUGGACAAGCAUGGAACAGUGUGUGUAGCAGUGGCUGCUAGUGUCAUAACAUCAGUGACUGCUGUCAGUAUAAGGUGGAUGUGUCGUGUGUUGGCCAUGGAUGUUCACACUUCAGAUUUUAUUUUAUUCGUUUUUUAAUGGGGACGGGGUUCUCAGGAUGCUGCCCGGGAUAAUAUUUUUUUAAAGCGGUGUUGGACAUAAACCAUAAUCUCCAAACAGCUGGGAGUACUGUAACAGUCUGCAAGAAUGACACACAAUUAGAAAGACUUGCAAUGGAUGAAGACACACACACACACACACACACAUACACACACACACACACACACACACAUACAUACAGUUUAAGGACACGCAUGCAUAUACAGAAGCAUGCAGAUGCAAACACACACAUACACACAUGUGCUUUGACAAAUCCAAACCAAAGCCUGGGAAAUGUUCUCUCUGCCAUGCAGGGUAAUAAUAUGUCAUUCACCACCAUUUAGCCACAGUGGGAGUAUAAACAGUCCGAAAAACUCAUAGACAACGAGGCAAACAAACCACCAGACCACAGCAUCUGUUUUUUUUUUUCUCUUCAUUCCUUUACUUUCCAAACGUGAAAAGACGUUCUUUACGAGUGCAACAUCUCGGUGAAUAGAAGCGAGCCAACUCAGGGCCCUUGAGUGCAGAGGCCGUAUGAACAGUGCUGGUCUCAGGUCAGAUUAUAAUAAGGAGUGCUCGGGACUGACUGGCCUGCCCUCACUGUUCCCAGAAUGGUGCUUACACAGACUGCCUGGACUCAAUGGAGUUUAUACCUGGACCUCACUGCAGAGACUGGUGUGUACAGACACUAAAGGGGGGAUACGGGACACUCAGGGUGACACGUCUUCUCCUGACACACGUAACAGACUUGAGUGAAGAGAGAUAGAAAGAGAAAGGAAAGAUUACUGGGGGAAAUGGCGCUCUCUGAUCCAGCUCCGCUCAGCCUGGAUCUCCACAGAAAAACGUACGGAUUGUCAAAUCACAUCUUAAUUUUUCUCAAAAGCCAGCAGACUGUAAGAGCUUUACUCUCUGGUUAUCUUUUUUUUUCUCCGUUCUUUUUUACAGCUCCCACCACUCAGAUACUGUGUCCCAAGAUUUCCACUGAGAAAACAUCCCUAUUCUGUAAUGUAAUAUAUACAUUUGUUGAUAUGUACAUGAGUCCGAAUUAUUUAAUGUAGUCUCCCCUUUUAUUUCUGUGAAUAGUUUCUUUUUCUCUCUGAAGCAGCUUGAACAGUUGACAGACACUACUGGUCAAACGUCAUGGGACACCUCCAUUUUUCCGGUUUUUACUGAAAUUUACAUAGUGUAAUGUCGCAGUGUACUCUGAAAUUAAAUCAUAGAACAAAUAUACAAUAAAGAUUUUUUAAAAAGGAAUUAUGGCAUCUUAUAUCCUAAAUGCAAUCUAAACAAUUUUCUCAUUCAGCAGCUGAACACACUUGUGGCGUUUUUUCUACAAUGGAAAUGAAACGUUGAUGGUAAAGUCUGGAGACUGUGCUGGUCUUCCAUCAUUUCUACAAAUGUUUUGAGUCAUUUUCUUGCCGUAGGGUGAAACCCUGACCAACCAGUCUGUCCUCCUUUGUGACUUGCCAUUUUCUCACCAUUCUAAUAGCAGUAUACAGGACUACUUCCUACAGAAAAGUAUUGUUCUAAUAAUGCAUCAGAGGGUGUAGUAAUUUCAAAGGCAUUGACAAAAGUUGGAGCACUUGUAGGAACUGUCUGCAUUAACUUUCAAGGCUUCAUAUACUUUUAUUGCUGCAGGAGAACUUUCAUUUGUCUUUAUUUUUUUUUAACCGUGGGCAGUUUACUACUUACCUUUGCACUGUUUAAGGUUUUUCUCUGGACUUGAACUGUUUAAAUUUCAAUAAAAACUCAAAAAAUGGUGCUGUUCUAAAACUUUUGACCAGAAGUGUACUUGGCAGUUUAUAAAUGACUUGAAAAAGGUAUAAAUUGCUCUGUUUUAUUGUGGUGAUGGCUGCAAAGAUCAGUUUUAUUUCCUUGAAAAUUAUAACUGAAAAAUCGUUGGAAUAUGAAUGUGGAAUAAUGGAAUAUUUGCUUCUCCAUUCCUCUCUCCUCCCUUUAUUAACAUAAACUGGAUUCAUUAUUGUUUUUUAAAAUGUGUUGCUCUGGUCGACCAGCAGAAGGUGCUGCUUUCACCUGAGCGACUUUCAGUUUGCCCUUUAAAGUUACAUGAAACAAAUUUGUAAAUAUUUCCAGAAUUUCAUGCAAAACGUCUUUAUCAACUCUGGUUGGAUGAUUGGUUGGUUUAAAUUCAAGUCUGACAUUUAUCUCAUCAGAGCAUUCUGGUCCACAAAAAAAUUAUGGACAAACACUAAAUUCAUCAGUUGAAUUUCAUAUGACUGAAAAUACAGAAACAAAAAAAAAAAAAUUAUAACGUCAUGCAUAUUUCUGUCUCAAAAAUAUCACAGACCCUCUCUCGCUACCCUUCUUUUUUACUAACCAAAAUGUCUUUGGUACUAACAGUUAUCUUUUACUAAACACUACUGGCCAUUUUAGGCAUCCACUUCCCCAAAAUGAAACAGGAGAAAGUGAACGCAACACUACACCUGCUCCACUUCUCUCUUGUCGAGCUAAGUCUGCCCAGUUCCUGCAAUAUUUACAAGUUGACUGCGCUUGUUCCCUAUGAACCUGAGCUAGUGUAUCUGCCAUCAUACCACCCCUCUGGCUCCAUUCACAGGUCUAGGGUAGCCUCUCUCUGGCAUCUUAUUACAUAGCUGAGAGUAACUAUGACUCGCUCCACUCACUUUAACGUACUAAGGGGAAUGACAGACUAUUUUUGUGCAAACUCAGCUAACUAGCAGUUGCCUUAAAUGCACUUUCCCCCUUUUUUUUCCCCGCUUGUAUGUUCCUUUUUAACAAUUAUUUU